CAGAAUGGUUUAUACGUGUCCGUUGGUUUUCCAAAAGGAAAAAAAAAAAAGAAUUUUAAAUUUUUAAACAAGAAAAAUGCCACAUGAAGGAGUAUGUGGUAGGAUCAUUCGCUCCCCCACCUGCCUCCCUAACGCCGGUUUUUUUAAAGCAAACCAAAUAACCACUUAUUCUUUUCUGUAUAUGAUGAAAAUGUGAACACCUUUUAAGGAAAAAGAAAAAAAAACUAAACCAAAAAAAUAAUAAAUAAAUAAAUAAAAGAACAAAAACAAAACAAAACAAACAAACAAACAAACAAAAAAACCCGCCAACACAAACUCGUAUCUGUUCAAAGCGAAUGCAAGUCUGCCACCUGGAGGAGCACUGCAUCCCUUCAGGGACUAAGUGCUGCUCGCUGCAAACCCUUUUAACCAAAGUCGGAACCACUGCAAACGCUACUGCUCGCUCGCCUCUGCGUGAAAAGUUGUGUUAGGAAUUUUUACCUUUGUACCAACGGAAAAGUGGGAAGCCCGCUUUCUCCCAUCUUUCUCGCCUGUUGUCUGGGCCGCCAGGGUGAAUGCCAUUGUUGAAAUCACUCUGUGUGGCUCACUGUCUACCAAUUUGCUUCUUAGCAGAUGAAGUAGCUUCCUUUUGUUUUGGUUUGGUUUUUUGUUUUGUUUUCUGAAUUGUGUCAUUUCCUUUUUCUGUUUUAUGUUAGGCAGAUGGUGGAGUGGAGAAACAACAUGGAUGGUGGUGUGUCAAAGCACUCGUGGCUUUCUUCUCACUAUGAGUUGUAGGUUUGAGAAAGAAAAUGGAGCCCACACCUCCCUUUCCUCCCUACUUCUCCAUCUCCCUUUCAUGUGGCUCCUGGGAUCUUCUGGAAGAUAGCAGAGGUGGGAAGGAGCCGUUUCUUCCCCACUCCCAUCCUGCAAAAAUGCAGGAGACACUCCAGGAUAACUAGGUCUAUCUGCUGAACGACUGUCAACACCCAGCAGAGGCUGGAACUGCGCUCACGGUCCACACCAGAGAUUGGGAUUUUUUCUCAGUCUACUAGCCACAUAUGUGGAGAGCUGAUCAAAAUUAAUUCUGUAAUAUAAAUAUAAGCUGCACAUAUGGUUCAAUACUUACAUCUGUGUUUUGCUUCUGUUCAAAGCAAAUUCUCUCAGAAGUCUGAUAGCCAAAGAAAUGUCUCAAGGUUUCAGUCCACACACACACAAGCACGUUCACACUCAUCCACCUCGCAAAAAGAGAGACCACAAAAAAAAAAAAUGAUGGUGACCUAGACUGUUAGGGGCGGUCGAGUGUCUGUUAACCUCGUCUUUUCUGGUACUUGUUUCAUCAGACAGUGUUGACAGACAUUUGGAGCUGGGGUACAUCUGUUCUUGGACUAUAUAAAUGGCAUAGAAAUGUGACAGGCAAAUUUAAGCAAUUGGAACUAGGCUCUGGCUUCUUGACUCGGAAAGAAGUUUAGCAACAAAGGCUCUCCAAUAAAGAAAAAAUAUACACGUAGCUUAUAGAACACAUCAGAAGAGCCUUCACUGUUAGCAUAUUAAUUCACUUUUAAAAGAACUUCCCCCAGGCAUGGGCCAUGAAACCCAAGAAGGCCACCGAAUAAAGGGCAAAGAAACCCCUGGAGCCUGCUGAUUUUUUUUCACCCAGGUGAGGGCAGAGGGUUCUAUCAAAGCAGGCAAGAGAGAACCAUCAACAUAAAUAAAUACUCAUGAGUAAUUAAAAAGCAUGCUCAUGUACUAUCUAGAGGCAAAUCAUGAAAGGGGAAGAGAUAGCCCACCUCCAGCUGCCCAGAUGAUUACAAAGACUAUCUCCCCUCCCCCCCCCCUGCCCCAGCAUGCUCUUCCCACCCAGGGGUUCUAGUUUUUUGUUCUGUUGGCUCCUUUGCUGGUUAUGAAAAUGGGACAAUGUAAUAGUCCCCUCAGAUGGUCCAAUCAGCAAUCAUAAAACUCCCAACAAGGAAGCUAAAAAACAAUAAUUCUGGACUAGAGUCAUUAGUAACAGUGUCUCCAUACCACUAGUCUGAUUCUAAUUGGACCACAACCAGCCCGAUUAGUGCCAACAACAUCCUGGUAGCAUUUCACAACUGCAAAAACUGCACAAAUACCAGCAACCCAGAAACCGAAACUUUAUUGAUUAAAACAGAUUUUGUAUUCUCCUAGGACCUGCUCCAAAUUCCAUCAAGAAAAGCUCCCCAAGAGGAGAAGUUAACAAGAUAACAUACGACCAAUGCUAAAUGUUUAAAAUCUGAACCGGAAACAGGCACAUGAGGCCUGCUCAGUUCUGGCAUCUAUGAUUGGGAGAGCAUAGAAUAGUAAAAAUAUAAAAUAAAACUAAUCACCCAGAGUAGAAUAAAAAAGAAGCGAAUUCAUCCCAUGGUUGUAAAACUAUUCACAUGCAGUGAUUUUUUUAUAGUUUUAUAAUUUUGUAUUGUUUUAUAAAUUAUUUAUAUAGUGUUGUAAUGCUUCUUAUAUUGAUUUUUUACUGAUAAAUUUUUUGCUACAAGGCAGAAAAGAUGCCUGAACAGAUUCUUAGGAAUAUAAACUGUACUUGGGAACACAUAAGCCUUCAGGACCACACCUACUGCUUAAUUUUUUUUAGAUAUUUCUUAUUUCUUCUGGUAAACAACUUCAUAUGCCAAUAACAUCUAAGUGUCUUUUAUGUUUCCAUGAACUGAAGGCUAAGGUUGCCACCAACAAAAAGCAAAAGCCACUUUGGGUGUAUGUGAUUGUAUUUCAAGCUUCUGUGUGUUUCUCACCCAUUUAAAAUUGUCGUCAUCUUCAUCUUCUUCAUUAUUGAUGAGACAUGACAGCCGAUAUGUAUUUUACACUUGCUUGUGGGGGGUGUUUUCUCUUUCAACCAAAAAGAUAUUUUGAAUAGUUAAAAGUUUUACUUGCCUUUGCAAGUUUUGGACUCUUUCUGUCGUGAACACAUGGUCACACACACAACACAACACAAAAGAGAAUAAAAAAACAAAAAAACAAAAAACAAAAAACAAAAAAAAAAUCAAAGAGCUGGGAGAGGCAGAACCAAACAAGUAGAGGCGUCUCAAAGAACUCAAGCUGUAACCAAAAAGAAAUCCAAUUGCCUUUGCUCUCUUCUCUGCGCUGGACCAAAGCUCAGCAUGUGUAGGAAUAUGCACAUUGUGUAGAUAUGGCUAAAUGUUGCUGACAAUCUUGCAAUACUAAACUGUUCCUAUUUUAAGAAAAACCAAUCACAAACUGUUCAUCAAUGUUUUACCUCAGCACUCUACUUGUACCCAGUUAAUGAUCAAGCAUAAACACAACAGAGAAGAAGGAAAUUGAUUUUCAUUUUCAUGUCUGACUGUAAAAUCUGUUUGGAUAAUAUUUUGUAAUGAGCUUUUUGUCACGUGACUUGCUUGUCUUCAACUUGAAAUUCUGUGAGGCACAUUGGCUUAUUUGUUGUUGAAAAGUGUUUGGUUUUGUUGUUGUUGUUCGUUUUAUUUUUCAUAAGUUUUAGUUCUGAUUUAUGAUUUCAUCCUCUGUGCUGUGAUCUAGACUGGUCACCAGGGUCACUUAAUGAGGCGCUGCAAAGGAAUCUGCUUCUCCAUGCCUGGGGCAGGCAGCAGGAGAGAGGGCAGGAAAAUAGACUGGGUUGUUCUGGAAAAAUAAAAUCAUGCCGACGAGACAUUGACAUGAUAGACUCGUGACCAAGAAGCCAAACUGGAUAUUGAAAGCUCCUUACUUGUUGAAACAUUGAAACCAAAGCUGACUUAUCUGCACAGGUUGCUUAAUGUUUAAAAAUAAAAUAAAAUAAAAUAAAAACUGUACUUAAUCUAGAGCAAUAUCUGUAUGGUCCGUAAAGCUGCACUUUGUGUAUUUCUUAACAGCUUCAGAUCUGUCACUUUUAAUUUGUACCAUGAAAAAUAAAGACUUGUUUGACAUGAA